GAUGGGCUUAGACCAAUUUGCAGUCAGUCUCGAGUGGCUGCAAACCCAAAAUAUAUACAUAUACAGCUAAGCAAAUUAACGACAUAACCCAACGCGACGAUGGAUUCCUGGUGGCUUCAGCUUCACCGUCUCCUCUCGGACUUCUAUCUCUCCCUCACAAUCCCCAAAUUCCGAUGCCUAUUCGCGCCGUUAUCCCACAUCAAACGCUUCCCCUUCGCCGUCACCCUCGCCGACGCAAUUAUCUCCGCCUACUUCCGCCUCUGCGGCCUCUCCCCAGUCACCGUCGACCUGGACGACCAGACCACCAUGCACUUCUGGGCCGCCACCCACCGCCGCUUCGACAAGCCCGCCCUCGUCCUCAUCCACGGCUACGGCUCCACCGCCCCCUGGCAAUUCUUCCGGCAGGUCGGCCCCCUCUCCCGGAGCUUCAACCUCUUCAUCCCCGAUCUCAUCUUCUUCGGAAACUCCCACUCGAAGCGCUCGGAUCGGUCCGAGGUUUUUCAGGCCAGGUGUGUGGUCGAAGGGUUGAGGAGUUUGGGCGUGGCGAGGUGCUCGCUGUACGCGCUCAGCUACGGUGGAUGGGUGGGCUACCGGGCGGCGGAGAUGUUCCCGGAGAUGGUGGAGAAGGUGGUGAUCGUGAGCAGCGGGGUCGGCGGGUGCACGGAGGAGCAGAGGCGGGAGGGGCUGCAGAAGAUCGGGGUAAAGAAGUUCACCGAGAUGCUUUGCCCCAAGAAGCCGGCGGAUCUCCGGUCGCUGGCCGCCGUGACGAUGCACAAGUUCAGUGUGGCCAAGUUGCUCCCAGAUUUCUUCAUCCGGGAGUUCAUCACUGUGAUGCAUACCAAGCACAGCAAGGAGAGGCUGGAGCUCGUGGAGCACUUACUGGAAAGGAAAGCAGCAGAAUCUGAUCUUCCCGUUCUAACCCAGGAAACACUGCUUGUUUGGGGGGAUCAGGACAGGGUCUUCCCUCUGUUUUUUGCCUAUCAAUUGCAGAGGCAUUUGGGAGCAAAAUCAAAGCUAGAGAUCAUUAGGGACACUGGGCAUGCAGUGAACAUGGAGGCACCGGCCCUGCUCAAUGAUCUCAUCAAAUGGUUUGUUUUGGGUGAUUCGAAGCUUGAUGUCUGAUGUGACAGAUCAAACAAACAAACAGACAACCUGCCUCAUCAAAAUCACCUUCUCUUUAGUCUUUACUACAGAACCCCUCAAGCUACAAAAAUUAUUCAUGGUGCCUGGAAAAAGUAGUAGUAUUCCAAGCUCUGGAGACGAAAAUUAAUUUCUUCCCCCUGACAAUGCUAUGUGCCCUAUUCAAUUGUAUAAUUUCUUUGGAUUUAAUUGGUUUCAACCUAAGAUUACAUGUAGAGAUCAGAUCAGAUCAGAUCAGAUCACCAACUGAAAUUCUUCAUCAUUUCUUCUGCACUCUGCGAGUUUACAGUUAUCAAUUACUCUACUUCAAUUUCUUUAGUAA